CCUCCGAACUCAUUCCCACAAAGGCACAGAUCCAACUCAUUUCAUUCUCUAUUUCAGUUCCACCAUGACACAUCUCAUUUUGUUGCUUGGACUUCUCAUACUAGCAUAUUUUAGUGGUUCUCAAGCUGAAAAUGCCUUCUCACAGUACUGGGAAGAGCAUAUUAAUGGUCUUCCACAGCCUCCACAUUGGUUUGCUGCAAAAGCUUCUCCAUUAAGCCUCCAUCAAAUGAUAGUAUUUAUGAAACUUGUGGAGGAAAAUCAAUUGGCUUCCCACUUGCAUUCCUUUUGUAAGCAAGCUAAUGUUGCUUGUUCUACAAAUGUAUUGAUGAAGAAGACAAAAGAAGACACAACCCUGCCACCAAUAGCUCAAUGGAAUGGUUUAAAAUUGAAAUAUGAUGGCCUUCCAAAUGAAACAACCUUAUCAGUUGCCAGCCAAGGAGGAGUACCAUAUUUUCGAGAGUCGAUGGCGAAAAAAGGAUGUUUAAUAAGUAUCCCUGAUCUAAGAGAUCCAAUGCCAUAUAAAUCAUUCUUGCCGCGACCUCUAGCAUCAAAAAUCCCAUUUUCCUUUGCCCGGAUCAAGGAAUUGAAAAAGCUUUUUGGUGUGGUAGAUGAAUCAAACAUGGAUGAGUAUAUUAGAGACACCCUUGAGAUAUGUGAGAAGAGUCCCAUUGAAGGUGAGCAAUGCACCUGUGCAAUUUCUGUAGAGGAUCUCAUCGAUUUCGUUGUCGAGAAAUUAGGGCACCAUGUAGGUAUAUGGACUACUGAGAGCAUAGAAGGAUCUUAUGAGAAUGUCACAAUUGGAGCUGUGAAACUCAUCCAUGGAAACCUCUCAGAACCACCAGUCUUAUGUCAUAGUCAGCCAUUUCUAUUUCAAGUCUAUUAUUGUCAUGUUUUUCAGAAAGUAAAAGUAUAUGCAGUUGAUAUACAUGCUAGGAAGAAAGUGAAUCAUAUGAUCAUGGCAUGCCAUUAUGACACAUCAACUUGGAAUCCAAACCAUCUAGCUUUUAAGGUGCUAGGUUUUGGUCCAGGACUAAUUGAAGUCUGUCAUUGGAUAAAUGAGAAUGGAUUGGUUUGGACAAAGUCUCUAGGUUGAGCAACAUUUGAAGAUUUGAUUAUAUUUUAGUUCCCUUGUUUGUGUUACAUGUUGCUGUUUAUGCUAUUUGAAGGAUAAAUAAUGACA